UAAAAAGCGGGGCGGCUGAUGGCAAGUGAUGGCCAAAGGCUCGGCGGCGCCGGCUGAAGUUGCUCCGGGAGCGGCGGGCCGGGGCGGGUCGCCUGCUGCUGCUGCCCUUGAGCGCCCCGGGAGGACCGCCCGGCAGCGGGGAACAGACCCCCUCCCCGCCCUCCUGUUUACUAUUGGCUGAUUGCACAGCUGCCUAAUUAUUAUUAUUAUUAUUAUUAUUAUUAUUAUUAUUAUUAUUAUUAUUAUUAUUAUUAUUAUUAUUAUUGGCCCUCUUCAGCAGGGCGGGGCGGGGCGAUGAAGGGGAGCAGCGGGCUCCGGCGGGGCGUCUUCUGGCUGCCGGGGAAAAGUUGAACUUGCUCGCCUUUGCUCCAGCUCCCCCCCCCCUUCCUCCGCAAACGGGAGCCCCCCCCCCUCCGGCUCAACUUUUGCAACAGCCCCCCCCCCUCCAGGCGCUCGGAGGAGGGAGGGGAGGAGGGGAGGAGGGGGGGCGGCCUCCCCCGGGCGUUCCCCCGCCGCAAUCCCGCCCGCCCGUCAUUGCACCGGCUUGGAGGAGCCAGCGGCGGAGCACCGAUCCCUUCGAAACAGAGUGGAUGGAAGAAUCGAAUCAGCCCAAGACCAGAAAUAUAUGCUGAAGAUAGCCGGUACCUGUGAGCAGCAUGAACAGGACUCUGAAUUGUUCCAGCAUUUUCCUGAGUGGCGUCUGCCGGCCUCCAAGGUGGUAGCGGAGGAUCUCAGGGAAAUGCCUCAUCUGUAGCCGCAAGCUUUGGAUGCUUCCCACGAAGUUGACGGAAGGUGGCCUCGACCAUCAGCUGUUCUCGACCGAGUGCCUCAACUGUUCGGAAGGAAAGCUAAAAAAGAAAACCCCGGGAGCGUAGUUCUAAAUAAGAUGCCCAGAGUAUUAAGAAGAUUGCCAACUCAAAUUUCCACUUAACAGGAGAAGCACAGUGAUUUUCCCGGAAAGUAUAUUCCCAAAGAAUUUGUUUAUGCACUUUGGAAGCGCCGCGUCAUGCUCCUACACUAUUUUUGUACAUAAAGUAUUUUUUUUCCUCCUUUUUUUUAAAAAUCAAAACCUACUGCAGAAAACUCUUUGGGAAGGGUCAGCUUACGUGGCGGAUGAAGAAAGGGCUGGAGGGCGGUCGGGACCCAGACUGCGGGGCAUCUCCGGUUCCACCUCCACCUCGUCUACUGGUCAGAUUUCAUCACUGGAAUCAGAACUCGAUAGCUGUAUUGAUUUGACGGAGGAGAGUCACCUCUAGGUAUUUCACGCUGAUGUGGGAGAUCUUUUAUACCUCCCUUUCCCCAAAAGCAAGGAAGGGAAAGAAAAAUGAAGUGAAUUUUUUGCCUGCUGACCAGCAAACUUGGAAACUCUGUUCCGCCCUCUCUUCUCUGAAUCCUUGUGACUGUGGCUUCAUUAAGAGAGGCCUUUUCCUUGCCUGAAUCCCCAUAUGAAGUUGGAACAUUACUGGUGCUACCUGGACGUUGUUAGCUUCCACUGCUUUACGUUAGACGUGGAGAUUCCAUGCUGAUCCAGAGAGCCUCCCGUCAGCUGGUGUCUGCCUUGGUCAAGAGUCUCGACCUCUCCGUUGCCCCGGAAUUCGGCUCUUGGUUCCGGCUACCAUGCUGCACCACGCUGCGUUCCUGUUGCACUGCCUCCCACUGGUCAUGGGACAGUAUGACAUCUGCAAGUCCUGGGUGACCACAGACGACGGGCCCAUGUGGGACUUCUAUGCCUGCCAACCUAAGGCGAUGCCGAUGAAGGACUACAUGACCGUGAAGGUGGAUCCCUCGGAGAUCACCUGUGGGAACCCUCCAGAGAGAUUUUGCACUCACGAGAACCCGUACCUGUGCAGCGAUGAGUGCGACGCGUCCAACCCUGAUUUGGCCCACCCGCCGAAACUGAUGUUCGACAAAGAAGACGAAGGUCUAGCUACCUACUGGCAGAGCGUGACGUGGAGUCGUUAUCCGGAGCCUCUGUUGGCCAACAUCACGCUGUCUUGGAACAAGAGCAUCGAGCUGACGGACGACAUUGUAGUAACUUUUGAGUAUGGCCGCCCCACCGUCAUGAUGCUGGAGAAGUCCUUGGACAACGGCAGGACUUGGCACCCUUAUCAGUAUUAUGCAGAUGACUGCAUGGAAGCCUUUGGCAUGCAAGCGCGGCGGGUCAGGGAACUCUCCGCCACCAGCUCCAACAGGAUCAUCUGCACAGAGGAAUACUCCCGCUGGGCGGGCUCUAAGAAGGAGAAGAACGUUCGCUUCGAGGUGAGGGACCGUUUUGCCAUUUUUGCCGGGCCAGAUCUCAGAAACAUGGACAACCUGUAUACGAGGCUGGAAAGUGCCAAGGGCCUGAAGGAGUUCUUCACCGUAACAGACUUGCGGCUGAGGCUCUUGAGACCAGCGCUUGGGGGCACCUAUGUGCAGAGGGAGAACUUGUACAAGUACUUCUAUGCUGUGUCCAACAUCGAAGUCACCGGCAGGUGUAAAUGCAACCUUCACGCCAGCCUGUGUACCUUCAAGGAGGGCAGCCUCCAGUGCGAAUGUGAACACAACACCACCGGGCAGGACUGCGGCAGGUGCAAGAAGAACUUCCGCAGCAAGUCGUGGCGGGCCGGUUCCUAUCUUCCCCUCCCCAAUGGCUCUCCCAAUGUGUGUGCAGCUCCGAACUUCGGCACCUACGAGCGGCCAAAGCGAGUCACCACCCCCAAAGCCACUACCACUACAAUGCCCCAAACCACCACAACCAUCACCACUGCCGCCCCCUCCCCUACCUACACAGCCAGAACUCGGCAGCCAGCUGGUGCAGGGCAGCCUGACGAACUUCCUGCUUCAGGGAAAACAGAAACGACCGGCUCGCCCGAUUCAGCCUCUUUGCAAGUGAAUGCCUCCCCGCCCAAGACUGAGGCUGAGACCAAAGCUGCUGAGAGCUUACUGAGACCAUCUGUGGUGGAUCCUAAACGCGGGUCACAAGAACCUCCUGAAAGCAUUCGAGGUAAGGGAAGAGGUUCAUAGAUGACUCAAGAGUAGGGGUGCCUUUUCAAACCCUUGAACAUGCUGAUGGAAGGCAAGGCCACAC